AUGGCGGCACCUAUCCAACCAACGGUGGCCACGCAUAACGACUUUGGUACGGUCAACGUGGUGGAGACACCAACCUCGCCCUCGUCUGCAUUCACACUCUCGAGAUUCGAGUUCGAGACGGGCACAAAAGGCAAUGAGGGGACCAAAAUCCUCAUGGUGGAGUGGGAUGCAGCUGCCGCACUGGGCACGGAGGGAGAUAGCGCCAAAGCUACGACAAAGGCCAACCUCGAAGACUGGGAAGUCAAGUGGGAGGGCAAAGAGGCCGUCACAUUACCACCGAUCCGCGAUGUCAAGACCCCAAACACAACCUGCCGGCUCUACUUCCUCCUUCCACCAAAGGCGCCCAUGCCCACAUUGGUGACCAUCUCCCCCAAGAUUGGAAACGUAGCAGAUCUGCACACCAAACCCCUGCCGGCGAUAUUCCCAGAGGGCCUGGUGAGCGAGGACAAGGGCACACGGGGUGUGCUCCACAUGAUCUGGGCCAAGAUGCGCCUGGAGGAGCUCCAGGCCGAGAUCGUGGCCGAGAUGAAGGAGAACGGCGAGAGCGUCGGCCUGGAGAUGGCGGUCCAGGAGAGACAAUGGAUCGUGGACCACUUUGGCCUGCAGAUCGACACGUCGAGCGCCGAGGCCAUCCCACUGCCGCCGCAGAGCCCCGGGGCUGGCAGCCCCAGGAGCCCACGGUCGCCCAUCGGCGGGAAGCUGGGCGAGAAGCUGAAGGGGCUGAAGCUGGCAACGAGCCCGGCCGAGCUGGCAGCCGCCAAGGGAGCAGGGAAAAAGUCCGCAGCCAUUGCUCCAGAUACGGCUCCUGCAACCUUCCAACCGCGCCCGAUGGUGACCGGCUCUGCAGGUGGCAUUGCCUCGCUUAGCGCAGUCAUGCACGGCGGUGCAACCGCUCCAGAGAGGGGUGGCGGCGGCGAUACUGAGGAGGACCUGUUUGCGCUGCCCAUGUCUCCUCGGAGCCCAGAGAUGUUGAGAAGUCCCUUCAGCCUGCUGAAAUCAUAG